UAUUUAAAGGCCGAAAACUCCUUCACCCAACGUUCACUUCCUCCUCCCCUCUCUCUAGAGAGAUCGUGUUAUAUUUAUUCUUCUGCUCUCUACAAAGAAACCCUAGAAAGGCAUCCUCGAGAAUCGCAGAUUUCUCGUUAACAAAAAACCUAGAUUUACUCCCAACGCAACCAUUUACGUAGUUUCCAGAGUAACCGUCGCUGAGAGACCCAGUUCGAAGUCCAAGCCAGUCCAAUUUCUUUCAUUCUCGCUUACAAACCCUAGAUCUGAUCGCUCUUCGCAUUGUUCGUCUACGAAUUUCAUUUAAUUGGAUUAAUCCAAAUUCGAGUUCUAAGUUCUCAUUUGGUUUGGACACUUUAGAAAUUGUAGAGCCAAGCAUUCGUUUAUUGUAUAUGGGCAUGGGAAGGUUUAACAGGGAAACCUUGAAGCCCUCGACAUCUUCUUCUCUUUCAUCACCUCCGGUCACGACAUCGUCAUCCAUCAGCGAAACUGUGAAUGGUUCGCAUCAAUUUAAGAUCGAUGGUUACUCCCUUUCGAAGGGGAUGGGGAUCGGUAAGUACAUGGCAUCUGAUACAUUUAUGGUCGGUGGCUACGCGUGGGCGAUCUACUUCUACCCGGAUGGAAAGAGCGUCGAGGAUAAUUCUACGUACGUUUCCCUGUUCAUUGCCCUAGCCAGCGAGGGAACGGAUGUGAGGGCCCUCUUUGAACUUACCCUUUUGGAUCAAAGCGGAAACGAAAAGCAUAAGGUGCAUAGCCAUUUUGGGAGGGCGUUGGAGAGCGGGCCAUACACUCUUAAAUAUCGUGGAAGCAUGUGGGGUUAUAAGCGGUUUUUCAAACGAACUGCUUUAGAGACAUCAGACUACCUGAAAGAUGAUUGCCUUUCAGUUCACUGCAGUGUUGGUGUUGUUAGGUCACGCACAGAGGGUCCUAAGAUUUACUCCAUACCUGUGCCACCGUCUGACAUAGGUCAACAUUUUGGGAAGCUAUUAGAAAGUGGGAAAGGUACUGAUGUAAAUUUUGAAGUGAAUGGAGAAAUAUUUGCUGCUCACAAGUUGGUACUUGCAGCUCGCUCACCUGUGUUCAGGGCUCAACUUUAUGGUCCUAUGAAGGAUCAGAAUACCCAGUGUAUAAAAGUCGAAGACAUGGAGGCUCCAGUUUUUAAGGCUUUGCUUCAUUUUUUUUACUGGGAUAUGCUACCUGACAUGGAAGAACUUACUGGUCUGAACUCGAAAUGGGCUUCUACAUUGAUGUCUCAGCAUCUGCUUGCAGCUUCGGAUCGGUAUGGUUUAGAGAGACUCAGGCUGCUUUGUGAGUCUAAUCUCUGUGAGGAUGUUGCCAUAAACACUAUAGCAACUACAUUAGCUUUGGCCGAGCAGCACCACUGUUUCCAGCUGAAAUCUGUUUGUCUGAAAUUUGUUUCAAUGCCUGAAAAUCUCAGAGCUGUGAUGCAGACAGAUGGCUUUGAAUAUUUGAGGGAAAGUUGCCCUUCUGUACUGACUGAACUGUUGGAGCACGUUGCUAGGAACAGUGAGCACUCUGUCAUAAUCAGCAAGCAUGGGAAUGAGGUUCUCCUUGAUGGUGGUGAUGUUAAUGGAAGGCGUGUGAAGCAAAGACUGUAGUAGAAACUACUACUGCCUUUUCUUGUAACUCUCUUGUAGCUCAAAAGGAAAUAGUUGCAGUAGAAAGUUUUUUCGGGGGGUUUAGAAACACUCUUCCAGUUCUCAACUUCUCAUUGUCAAUGUAAAUUCAGUGGUUUUCUUGGUGUACUUGGUCGACUUUGUAAUGCGAAACAGUGAGUCUCUUCUUGUAGUUUGCAUUCACCAUCCUUUUCGUA